AUGGCGGGUCGCACAUGUCAGUGCGGAUGCACCGACCCACCAAAAAUGACGGGAAGCGAUCCUCCGAACGAAGGAUCCUGCGGGUGCAGUUACAAUCCACUGGGAGAGGGUGGGAGGGAUGCGGAAAUAACGGACCUGUCUUACGCUCUGCGUAAACUGACCUCGAUGAAAUGCCAGAUGAAGAAAUGGAGGAUGGAACGUCUGCAGCUUGAGAGUGAGGCGAGGGCGUUGAAGCAGGUGCUGCAGGCCCACGGUCUUAACGAUGACAUGGUGAGGCCUGAUCCUCUGCUGGCUCAUCUUCGAGAGGAGAAUGCCAGGCUGGAAAACGAGAAUGAAGAACUUCAGGACAAGGUCAAAGGACUCGAGGACACCAUAACCGAGUACGAGUAUGUCGAGUCACCCUGCGAACUCGUCAGCAAACUUCGCGAAAAGAUGAAGAACAUGAAGGAGGCUCAUGCUGGUGAAAAACGGAGAUUGAGAGAGAUCAUUUCCGGGCUCAAGAUCCGACUCCAAGAGGCUGAGGCCGAGUCCUCUUGUGCAGCGUUGAAUCGUCUGCGAGCCAAGCUUCGGGAGCUAACGGAAGGUGGUCAAGAGGCAGACCAGCGGGUGUCAAAAGUGGUCCAGCGUUCGAUAGAGACGUUGGUCGAGCUGACGGAUAACGUUGAUGAUCUAAAAGCAGAGAUCGAGAGACUUCGUGCGGAGGUGAAGCGGCUACAGGACCUGCUGAACGCCUGCGAAGAACGGCGAAAAAUGGCGACUGAUGUCGCUGUUGAAACGACCCUAGCGGAAGUGAAACCGCCGGAAAAACCGCUGGGGGAAAUGGACGUUUCAGAGUUGCUAAACAGAAUCAAAGAGCUCGAAGCGCUCAUAGCUCAGCUCAGGAAGCAGCUCGUGGACAAGGAUGCCGCCAUUAAUGACCUCCAAAGUAAACUGUUCAACGUCACGUCGGACAAUAAGAGGCUCAGCACUGACCUCGACCAAAUGACGGUGAGCUACAGAGCCAUCAUGGACGAGGUGAAAGCUAUGAAGGAUGAGCUCAAAAAGAGGGACGCGAAGGUUUCGGACCUCUUGCGUGAGCUCCAGACGUCGGCGAUUGAUAUGCUGGGGUUGAACAGGCUGCAGAGUGAGAUUGAAUCGGUCAAGCCACAAUUGUAUAACCUUGAACUUGAGAGGGAACAACUGUUGUCAGAACUCGGUAAAGUUCGGGGCGUAGUUUCGGAGAGGAACGAUCAGAUAAUAAAGAUCCUGGAGGAAAGAGACAAGCAUUCUCGAGCUCUGAGUAAAGUCGCGAGCACGAUGCAGGCGGCGGCCGAAAGGGAGGCGGCGCUGAAACGCGAGAUUGACGGGCUGAAGGAUCGCAUAGCUGAGCUGGAGAAGGAGAUAGCUGAGCUAAGGAAAAAGCUGGCCGAGCUCGCGGCGGAGAACGAAAAGAUUCCUGGGCUUGAGAGAAAAAUUAAAGAGCUCGAAGACGAGCUGGCAAAGCUCAAAGGCGACCUGGCCGCUGCUAACGCGAAGAUGAACGACCUUGAAAAUGAAAUAGCUCGGCUGAAGGCAGAAAAAGAUGAAUUGGCAAGGGUGCUAGCAAGGGCAAAGGAGGAGGUGGAGAAACUGAAACAGGAGCUUGCUGCUGAGAGAUCUGCAAAAGAAGCGGCCAUGAAAGAGCUCGAAGUCUGUAGAGCUGAGAACCAGAAACUGAGAGGAGACAACGAGCGAAUGAGCAACGAACUAAACGCGGCAAAAGGCGAAAUUGAGAGAUUGAAAAACGAGCUUGACAAGGUUAAGGGCGAGUUGGAUAAAUCGAGAGCGGAGAACAGCGAGCUCAAGGAUCUGCUCGCUGCAGCCAAGGCGGAAAUCGAUAAGCUCAGAAGCGAGGUCGAAGGGUGCAAGGCUGAAAAUAUGAAGCUCAAAGGUGAGAUAGAGCGGCUAAAUGAGGAAGUACAAAAGUUGAAGGCAGAGAAUAGCGAGCUCAAGAAAGAGAGAGACGCGCUGCAGGCUGAGGUGGAAAAGCUGAAAGAAAAGAUCGACGGAAUGCAAGCUGAAAUUGAUAAGCUGAAGAACGAUCUUGCCGCGUCUAAAAACGAGGUUGAAAAGCUCAAGAGCGAAUUGGAUGCUUUGAAAUCAGAGAAUGAGAAGCUGAAGAACAGUCUGGGCGAAGCCGAGGCGAAGAUAAAGGCAUUGCAAGCGGAGAACUCUGAUCUUGCAAAUAAGUUAGCGGAGCUGAAGAGCAAGAUGGAAAAUCUUGAGAAACAGCUUGCAGAUGAAAAAGCUGCGAAAGAAGCGGCGCUGAAGGAGUUGGCAGCGCUAAAGUCCGACCUAAAAGCUUUACUCGGAGAAAUGGACAAGCUCAAAGCAGAGCGGGACAAACUAAAAGCGGAAGUGGAUGACCUGACGAAGCAGAUGGCAGACUUGACGAAUGAGCUCAAUCAGAUGAAAUCAAAGUGCGCUGCCCUCACGGCAGAGAACGAGAAGUUAAAGGCAGAAGUUAACGGUCUUAAAACAGAGAAUGAGAGGCUGAAGAACGAUCUGGAGAAGCUCAAGGCUGAGCUUGAGGCAGUGAAAUCAGAGAACGUGAAGUUGAAAGCGGAAAAUGAGAAGCUGAAGAAAGAUUUGAGCGAUGCUGAGGCCAAGGUCAAGGUGCUAGAGGAUAAGGUCAAGGCCCUCGAAGACAAGGUGAAGACGCUUGAAGACAAGGUGAAAACACUUGAAGACAAGGUCAAGGCAUGUGAGGACGAAAAGGCGAAGCUUCGUCAGGAGAUCGAGGGGCUCAAAAGCCAGAUUGACAAACUCAACGGUGAGCUCGCAGCAGAGAAAGCGGCGAAAGAGGCGGCUUUGAAAGAACUAGCAGCGACCAAAGCUGAGCUAGCUGCGCUCAGAAGUGAGCUGGAUAAAGUGAGAGCCGAGAACGCAAGGCUGACUGGUGAGCUCGAAAAGUUGAAGUCGGAGAAUGAGAAGAUGAAGGGAGAGCUUGACCGACUGAAAGCGGAAAACGCAAAGCUACAAGGCGACCUUGAUGCACUAAAAGCGGAGAACUCGAAGCUCAAAGGAGACCUGGACAAGUUGAAUUCCGAGCUCAGUGCGUUGCGAGCUGAGAACGACAAGCUGAAGGCUGAAAAUUCGAAACUGAAGGACGAUUUGGCGGCCGCGAAAGAGGAAGUUGCACGGCUGAAGAGUGAUUUGGAAAAACUGAAAUCCGAGAACGAUGCUCUGAGAGCUGAGAACGACAAGAUGAAGGGAGAGCUUGACCGAUUGAAAGCGGAAAACGCGAAGCUACAAGGCGACCUUGACGCCCUAAAGGCGGAGAAUUCGAAGCUCAAAGGAGACCUGGACAAGCUGAAUUCCGAGCUAAGUGCGUUGCGAGCUGAGAACGAGAAGCUAAAGGCUGAAAAUUCAAAAUUGAAGGACGAUUUGGCGGCCGCGAAAGAGGAGGUUGCACGGCUGAAGAGUGAUUUGGAAAAACUGAAAUCCGAGAACGACGCUCUGAGAGCUGAGAACGACAAGAUGAAGGGAGAACUUGAAGAGCUCAAAGCAGAGGUUAACAAACUACGCGGGGAAUUAGACGCCAUGAAGGACGAGAAUGCGAGGCUCAAGUCUGAGGUUGACAAACUAAAAAGCGAUAAUGAGAAUCUAAAGAACGAGCUUGCGAAGGCCAACGCUGAGUUGGAAAAUUCUAAGAAAGCAAUUGACAAACCAAAAGCUUCGGAAGCUGUUGGUCCUGUUCCUGAGAAACUCAUACAAUCUGUGCCAACGAAAGGUAACAAUAUAGACAAAGUAGAAUACAGAUAG